UUCGACUUUCUGGACAUAACUUUUGAUCUUGCAUGGAAGACAAGAGUUGAGUUGGAGCAUAAAGAAGAGGCAACUUAAAAAAAUUCAAUAGUACAGCAAGAUGUUUAACUUCAAGACUCUUAUCCUGGCGUUGGUGCUGCAACAGGCUACCGCUGAUUCCUUGCUUCGUUCUUCUCGAAGGCUGUCCCAAGAAUUGUUCCUCUCCUACGAACCUGUGACAACUGUUACCGAUCAUGCCGCUAUUGAUCUUGACCAGGCCGCCAUGGAAACGCAGCUAGCUUCGGGGACCGAUCAAGGAAGAGACGCCGCCCUAAGGAUCUACCAAGAGGGAGCCUUUUCCAAAUCCUACGCCGAAAUCACACUUACCGAGCCGCUCAAAGUGGAUGUUGAUAAAGACGUGACUGUGAUUGGUAGAAACGCAGACGGAACGGAGGUUCGAGGAAAGACCACUGGUCUCUUCAAGACUGGAGACAGCAUUAUCCUGGUUCAAUACCACGCUGGUACAGUUCAGGCAACAUGGACUGACUGCCAUGUGGGGGGAAACCCAGAACCCAACACAAAGGGAUGCUUUGCUCCCACCGGAAGUCUGGAGAUUGGAGAGCUUGGUCAGCACACUUAUUCCUACAGCCCACUUACAAAGAACUACAAUGCACGAACACUCCAAGGAUUCAGCACACAGGCAGAAGACAAAAUGUUCAAGUGUGAAAAAUGCCCCUACCCAACAUACAACAAAUUUUACGAGUACUAUGGAGUCUUUGACUAUGCCAACAAAUGGGUCCUUGCUGCAUUCAACAAGGGUUCCACCAAUUUUGCCAAGGGAAAUGCUAGUUUCAACAGCUAUGGCAUGGAAGGAACCACCGAGGCAAUCAAGAAGGGAACUGCUUACAUGAAUGUGUGGAUGUAUGUCAACAGAGAGAUGGAAGAUGCCAUUGAUGACUGUUCGUCACAGUGUACCACCAAUGCUUGCAAUGAUGACCAGGUCCAUGCUUGGGAUGAAGCGGUAGCCUUCUACACUGGAUCCAUUCCAAAGAGCUCUGGAGAUGGUGGCCAUCUGCUAUACACUCUUGCGCAAAAGAGAUGUGAGAACUAUGGAACAUGCCUCACUAGUGGCCCAGAAAUUGGAAUGGCCAAAGUGAAUGCUGAAAUUUUCAAGAAUUUUCGCAUUGGAAAGCAAGAUCUUUUGCUUGGAAACUGCGAUGCCGUCAAAAAGAACGUUGAGCGCAUCACCCAGUUGAUGACCAUCCCUCUCAUCCAGGGAACCAUCCGAUAUGCAUAUGUAAUGGACAAACAAAACGAUAUUCGAGAAAAGGCCGAGGCCGAAGGUGCUGUCUUUGCUGCAUCUGUCCUACCAAUGUUGCAUGCUUGCAGCCCAACAGAUGCUGAAGAUGUCUACCAAAACAUGCGUGUGGGUAAUGGUGGUACCGCCAGUUUCAGUGCUGUCAAGACUGCCUUUGAAAAGAACUAUGCGUGCCUUGGAAUUACCUGUGCCGAUGUUGGAGGCUUGGUUGAUACCGUGACUGAUGGCUACCUUCACGAAGCGGAACCAUGUGACUACAAACCUUCUUCUUCAUCAAGCUCGUCAUCCUCAACCAGCUCUACUUCAUCCAGCAGCUCUUCUUCUUCGAGCUCCAGCAGUAGUUCCACCAGCUCCAGUUCCAGCGCCACGAAAACCGCUAGCAGCGAUGAUGGACCGAAUGUUGGCUUGGCGGUUGGCCUUACGAUCGGAAUUAUUGCUCUGCUUAUCAUUGUGGCCCUUCUGGUCAGCCAAAAGGGAAGCGAUAAGGAAUACGACGGUGCUGCCGAGCCCGAAAUGACGUAAGCUUGUGCCCCAGCUUAGUUCAUGGAGCCUCCUUUGAUUUAGAAUUUCGUUACAAUGAUUAGUUACAAUUUAUAUGUUGCAGUCAUCAUGACUGCUAUCGUGAGUAUUGAGAGGGGGAAACUUUGCAGUCAAUGUCUAGCUAGCUAGAAAACAGGCAAAGGAUCCUAUAUCUCUGGUUCUGGAGUUCUUUCCAAGGGCUGCUGGGGUGCACAUGGAAAGCUGCUGUAGUGCAUGUAAUUGCUUUCUCUUUGUACGCAACGUUGACGCAUAUAUCCCUUUCUUGGUCAGAGCUGACAACAGCAGGUAUGGUACCGUAUCAUCCUCCUCCCUAACGUACUUUGAGAACCCUCCAUCUCCAAAUCUCGCCCCUGAACAGGCCAGCUACUCUAUCUAGCUAGCUCUAGCUA